UAGGCCAGGUACUUAAUUGCAGGCAGUGGUCUUCGAGAGCAUAUCUAUGCGCGUUCUAAAUUGAACUAGUCUACCGAGCAAGACGAGCACCGCCGACAGAGAGACAACAUGGGCCAGAUCUUUAUUGAUACCGUCAUGGAUCGGUACAUUUCUUCGCUGGGAAUCACACUUUGGCUCGUCGUCGUCGCCGGCGCCGUGUUCUGGUACCGUCCAUCCAACUCCAAGUUCCCUGAGCACGGCGGCGAGAGUUCCGAAGCUCUGCAGAAUGUUGUCAAAAAGCAAUGGUCCCAGGUACGCGCCUAUUUCUUCUGCCGAAGGUUUUCCCCGCCAUGUUGAGCCAUGUUAGCCAUCUCUAAUCGUCUGCGAGACAACAGAUGCGAGAAACGAUAUAUUUGCUCCGCCUUCCGUUUCGUAGAAUCUACGUGUUGCCGCAAAAAUACAUUAACGAAUACGCUUGGAAGCCUGAUGACCACAUCAGCUCAAACACCGACCUCUAUGAGCGGCUGCUCGGCCGGUGGACUUAUGUCGGCUCUCUGACUCCAGAUGAUCCUAACGGGCCCUAUAACUGGGUUGUGGAAUACGUCCGGUCAGAAUUGACGAAGCAGAUCUCGUUCUACCUUCCUGCCGUCCAGGAGGAUGUUGCCUCCUACUUCCAUGCACAUACUGCUUCUGAUAAUGAUAAAACGACGCUACCCGUCCAUGAUUUCUGCAUUGGCCUUUGUUUCGCUCUUUACCAGCGUAUCUUUGUUGGAAAGGAACUGGCCAGAGACCCAGAGUGGAAAGCGGCCUGUGUGGAGCUGGGAUUGAGCUCUGUUGGCGUGGCCGGGUCCCUCAUGCGUGUGCCGACUUGGCUUCGACCCGCCGCUGCCACUUUCAUGAGCGGACCCCGCCAUGUCAAGGCGAACGUACGCAGAAUGGAGGCCAAGAUCCGUCCGAUACUCACGGAGCGACUGGAGAACAAGCAUCGAGGCGACAUUGAGCCGCCGAGAGACUUUAUCCAGUGGUGGAUCCAAAAGUCCAUUGCAGUUGGUCGCGACCCGGACAAUCUAUCCGCGCUGGUAGUCGCAUUGAUCCAGCUCAACUUUGCCGGCAUUCGUAGCACUGGUCUUGGGGUGAUGCAAUCUUUUGUGGAUAUUGCCGUUCAUCCCGAGUAUACCGACGAUCUCCGCGCUGAACUCGAGCGAGUCCGAUCUACCAACGGCCGGGAGGAAUUGACUGUCCCAUCGCUGGCAAAACUGGAGAAAAUGGACAGCUUCAUCAAGGAAUCGGCACGCCACGUUGCGCAAAACGUCCUCUCCGUCUACCGCAAAGCACUUCGGCCGCUUCGUCUGAGCGACGGCACCGUCUUGCCUGCGCAGUCCUAUGUCUGCGUCCCAUCAAUCGACCCUGAUGCUGACCAAGAGACCGCAACUCGUCCCUUCGACGGUUUCCGGUGGUAUCGUCAACGCAUUGAGCAGCCUGAUCAGGGAGCGCGCUUCCUCAGCGUGUCGUCGAAUGCGCAAGCGCUCGAAUUCGGUGCCGGACCUCACGCCUGCCCUGGCCGCUUCCUGGCUGUUGCGGUGAUCAAGGCUGCUGUCGCCCAUGCACUUACUCAUUAUGAGCUCCGCUUGCCGUCUGCUCAGAAGCCAAAAGUGCCGCAGUAUAACCAUGUUCUCGUCUAUACACCCGAUACGAAACAAAAGGUGGAGUUUGUGAGGCGUAUAUAGAGGACUAGGGAAAUGCUAUUUCAAACGAGACCACUGAUUCUGUUGAAUUGACGGGCGUGUGAUCCGGCCGGAGCGUUGGUUCAAUGGA